AUGAGGCCCAUUUUGAUGAAAGGCCAUGAGAGGCCAUUGACAUUUCUCAAGUACAACAGGGAUGGUGAUCUUCUCUUUUCCUGUGCUAAAGACCACAACCCUACUGUAUGGUAUGCUGACAAUGGUGAACGUCUGGGCACUUAUCGAGGCCAUAAUGGUGCCGUUUGGUGCUGCGAUGUCUCUAGAGAUUCAGGCCGACUUAUUACAGGCAGUGCUGACCAGACGGCGAAGCUAUGGAAUGUGCAAACUGUUAUCACCACUGACCCAUUCAUGGAACUGACUUCAGCAAUCCAUGUGAAACGCAUUGCUAAAGAUCCCGCAGACCAGACCGGGGAUUCUUUGCUUGUCAUUAAGGGCCCUCACGGAAGAAUCAAUAGAGCCAUAUGGGGUCCCCUCAACAAAACCAUUAUCAGUGCCGGAGAAGACUCUGUCAUUCGAAUUUGGGAUUCUGAGACCGGAAAACUACUAAAGGAGUCAGACAAGGAAUCUGGCCACAAAAAGGCAAUAACAUCACUCGCCAAAUCUGCUGAUGGUACACAUUUCAUAACUGGUUCCCUUGAUAAGUCUGCUAAGAUCUGGGAUAGCAGAACACUGUCUCUAAUCAAGACAUAUGUAACAGAACGUCCCGUCAAUGCAGUUGCAAUGUCACCUCUUCUUGAUCAUGUGGUACUUGGAGGUGGUCAGGAUGCAUCAUCUGUUACCACUACCGAUCACAGGGCUGGCAAAUUUGAAGCAAAGUUCUAUGAUAAGAUUCUUCAAGAAGAAAUCGGGGGUGUGAAAGGGCAUUUUGGACCGAUCAAUGCUCUAGCCUUUAACCCUGACGGAAAAAGUUUUUCAAGUGGAGGUGAAGAUGGAUACGUACGUUUGCACCAUUUUGACGCAGAUUAUUUCAAUAUCAAAAUUUAG